AUGGAUGCCGACGGCACACGAGUAUCAGCAAAGAAUGGCGUUGCUCUGUUUGAAGAUGAGAACGACGACCAGCACCAGUUUUCAUAUUCAACCGACGACUUUGGAAUCAAGCCUCAGUUCUUUUCAGAGGCUGGACAGAGGCUUCUUCGGCAUCAGUCGAAAUUCAAUGGCGAUCCACGAUUUAAAAUGGACGACAAAUUCUUGGGUGACUUCGAAUCUGAUAAAGAGGAGCAGUCGCAGGAAGACGAAGCUGAAACUUCAAAGGACGACGAUGUUCAGAAUGAACGUGCGAAACAGUUGUCCAUCGCGAAAAAGGUCUUGGGAGAAGCCGCUACGAAUCUCCACGGGAACAUCGAUUUUGCCAUGUCCCCUGCCAAGAAGAAAAAGCGUCAUUUCGCAGGUGCUCGCUUCAAUCCUGACGACCCAUCGCACUACAUCUACGAAGUGUCGAAUCAUCCCCAAAAAGCGGCAGAGAUCGAUGAGUUCCUCGGCCAAGAGACAGAUGAAAGUGAAGACGACGAACAGGGUCAGAUAAAGGUUGGUCUCGACUGUGACACGAACGAAGCCCGACAAGCCACAUUUGGUGACAAUCGCUUGUCAAAUCUUGUCAGCCCUACGGAUGACACAGACAUUGCUGGACGGCAGCCUUCAUUCUCCUUUAAACUGAAACCAGAAUUCAUCAGAUCUCUCAAGGAUGCGUCACAGAAACAGGACAUGAAAUCCACUUCUUCUAGUGCUGCGACGUCCAAAGCAGUACAGCCUUUGAAUGAGUCAUAUCUCGACUUUGCGGCGAUGAAAGGUUCAUCCUUUCCUGCUGAAGACGAUGAAGAGAAAGUUCGUCCAUCCUGUGAACGUGAGAAAAGCAACGCUGACACCUUUCAGCGGCCUUUCUUUCUGCUGCUUAAUGAUGAGGAAGUGAUUGGAGCGGUGAAAAAUUUUCCCAUCGUAAGGCAGGAAGCGAUUCAGGGUUGGAAGGAAAGCAGGGAAGCUUUGGUUAACGUAACGCUUUUGAUGCUUGUCUUCAUGCUUCGAUGAUUUGUUGUUCUUCGUUCGCUACCGAUGACCUCUACUGACGACGAUGGUUUCGUCCUUGUCAAAAGGCGUCAUCGACGGCACUCAAAAAGAUUGGAAGCCGAAAGUAAUAAGGUCUCGCCUGUUGGUGGCCAUCCCUCGUCACUCCAAACGUUUCCUUUUGACCAGCUGAUGAACAGGCUGCAAGCCGCUGGCCAGAGAUUGGUCGAUUUAAAAUUCAUCGAAGAGAUAGUGCAAGUGACGAGAAAGAAGCUUUUCGUUACCACUGGAUCAUCUCUCUCGAAGGUGGAUGUAGUGUGCUAUGGUCUGGGUCAUUUCAGCUUCGACCGUAUGUCACUCAGCCAACUGUCCCUGCUUCGAGGUCUGAUGUCCGACGGUGACACAUUCGGUCACUGUUUCGUUUAUGAUCCGGUUUUCUCGAAGCAAGAGAUGAUAUUUCUCGAAAACAUGAAAUUCGAAGUGAUCAAAACGAACGAGGUCGGUUUGAGGACCGUCUCAUCGCCAACGCUGUUCUUCAUGCCUCAUUGCGGCCGACUGCUUUAUAACAACGUACUGUACGCUAACAGACACAAUUUGAGACAAAUCAUUGUGUUCGGCAACAGGUUCAGUUUCAUCACGGAAACUCAGUUAUCAAACGAAGAGAAGCAUUGUCUAAAAUAUUUAUUUGUUGCCUCAAAAAUGUGCGAAGAGAUACCCAUCGUUAAUCGUCUUCAUUAUGAUGAUUAUGAUUAUGCCUUUAAUGACCUGACCCUUCACUCUUUCCCUUUCGAUUUUCUGCCUUCAAGCAUCCCUGGCAAAGACGACAACAACCACCAGCCUUCUCCAAACUAUCCGCCGAGUCUCUUAGAGGAAGUCAUCUCGCAAUAG